AUGGUCAACAUCCAAAAAGCAUAUUUUGGAUUGCAAUGCUUUUGGGGUGCUGAAUCAACAUUUGCAAUGCUGAGUGGUGUAUUGAAGACACGAGUUGGUUAUGGAGGUGGUAGUACGCCAGCACCAAAUUAUCGUAAUAUUGGUGAUCAUACUGAAAUAACGGAGGUGGUGUUUGAUGAGGAAGUGACUAGUUACAGUGCUCUUGUUGAUUGGUUUUGGGAUCACUGUGAUCCAACGAAAGAGUAUAAGAAGCAGUACAAAUCAGCAAUUCUUUAUGUAAAUGCUGAACAAAAAAAAGUGGCUGAAGAUAGUCUAAAAAAAAUGCAGGAAAAAUAUGGGAAUAUAAAGCUGGAUACUUAUGUGCAGGAACUGGAUCAAUUUUUUCAAGCAGAAGACUAUCACCAAAAAUACUGGCUACGUCGCAAUAAAGAAAUUUUGAAUAAAUUAAAUCUGAGUGAUGAAGAUGUGGUAACUUCAAUGUUGGCAGCAAAAGUUAACGCGUUUCUAGCUGGUUUUAAAGACUUUGAUCUUUUACAACUGUUGGCAGCAAGAAAUAAUCUAGAUGAAGAUGUUGUCAAAGCAAUCGAAGCUAUUGCCAUAUCAGGCGGAGACACAAGUGCUUGUCACAUAUGA